AUGUCUUCGAUAGCACGUACAUGCGUGCACGCGCGCGCGUGUGUGUGUGUGUGUGUGUGUGUGUGUGUGUGUAAAGAACAAAAUAUACAAUAUGAUGUUACAGUGUUCUCGUUGUUCACGUUGGUAAAAUUUGACAACGGCAUCUGCGACGGAUUAAACGGGGAGAACGGCACAUGCAUUGCGGCAGCGGAAUGUGGACAGCGUGGAGGUAUCUUCAGCGGCGUUUGCGCAAAUGGUUACGGAAUCUGUUGUAUAAUUACAGUAUCCUGCGAUGGGAUGACUGCCGAUAACAACACGCACUUUGUCAAUCCAAAUUAUCCGUCUACCUUCGACGGUAUGGAAUCAUGUCAAGUGACGAUAGUAAAAUCAGAUCCAGAUGUAUGCCAAUAUCGAUUAGACUUCGUACAAUUCAAUAUCAGGGGGCCGGAAACAACGAAUAAUAUAUGUAUUUACGAUCAAUUCAUCGUUUCCGGUGGUAACCCGGUACCAACAAUAUGCGGUAACAAUGAUGGAAAUCACAUGUAUAUAGACACGGGAAUCGGACAAACCAAUCCAGUUACUUUAAUCUUCGUUACGAGUGGUAAUUCUUUUUCACGAUCAUGGAAAGUUCGAAUCUCGCAGAUACGAUGCAGUACGAUAUAUCGAGCCGAAGAGGGAUGUCUUCAGUAUUUCACCGGAGUUUCCGGCCAGAUAAAAUCCUUCAAUUACGAUCCCAUGAUUGGGCUACAAUUAUCAAAUCAAGAUUACAGUAUAUGCAUCAGGAUGGAGAGGAACUUUUGUGGAAUCCAGUACAUGGCGUGUUCUGACGACGCUCAAGAGAUGUCCACUACAUUAAGUACAACUCAAAUAAUGCGUAGCAAUUCAUUCACUCUGACGGGAAAUACACAAACCACGCAAAUUAUGUCGAUGACAGGAACAUCCUGUAUGACCGAUUGGUUGUCAAUACCGUGCGCCACAAAUCUUGAUCGAUUACCAUCGACAUCAAUGACAUGCGUCGAUCGAUUGUGUGGUGGUACCUUCAACUCGGAAACCUUGAACUUAAAUGGCUCGUCUGUUAUUAGCACCGUAAAGCCAUUCAGAUUAAUUUUUCACACGGACAGCAUCGAGGGACCCAGCGAUAUUGGAAAUAGAGGCUUCUGUCUUAAUUAUGUGCAACAACCAUGCACGACUAAAUUAAGAUAAAUGUCAUUUAGACACCUAAGGAUGAGUACAUAGAGAUCUAAGGAACAUCCAAGUCCCAAGAGGGAUUCCCAUAACAUUGUGGAUUCAUACAUUUAAUCCGCGUCUUCGCAUACAAUUUGAGAGAGAACAACAUUCGUAUUGGAGCGGAGAAGAUAUUAAAAUGUGAUAAAAUAUAUAUGUAAAAAUAA